AUGUCGCUGCAGCAGUCCGAAGCCAUCGCGGAUCCCGCGCACGUCUCGUCGUCACAACCGCCGUCCAUGUCUUCAAGACCGUUGUCGCCAAGCGGGUCCACCACGCGUGUAGCCAUUCGUCCCCCAACGGACGCGCCCCCACACGACGUCCCCUUGCGAUUCCAUUGGGAAGGUUACCUUCAGAAACGCAGUGAUUGGCUAAAACACUGGGAAACGUACUACUUUGUGUUACGCCGGCGGUCGCUCUACUGCUACUUGUCGCAGGACGACGCGCGACGGGAGAACGCCAAAUCCAAGAUCAAAAAAGGCAAGUUCGGCUUCUCGGACCGCGUCGUGCUGGUCAAAGCGUGGGACGUGGAGAAGCAGCACCGGACGCGGCCGGCAGGUAGCGACCCGGCCGCCGAGCCCCUGCACGUGAAGCGGCCGAGUCGAGCUAGUGUAGCCAAGUCGCUGCUGGACGCGUCGUUGUUCCGGUUCACUUUGGCUACGCACAAGGGCCACCACUUGCACUUCCGGACUACUUCCGAAGCCAGCAAACACGCGUGGCUCCAGUUUGUAGCCAACGCUAUUGCCGACCACGACCUCUCGGGUCGCGUCCAUUCCGUUGUGCAGCACCUUCGGACGAACGUCGUUGACUUUUACAAAGGCUACGAGUACUUUUACGCGGCGCUAUGUGCCCGCGUGACGGCAGAGGAAAUGGGUACAUUACAGACGGACCUGUCCCCGUCGUCUGCAGCGGCUAUGUCCGGGGUAUCUGGUCAACGGUCGACUUUUGAGGACAUUGACAGGGCUAGUGUUACUUCAGCUGGCAAAAAGUCGACGGCGUUGCUUGUACCGGUUUUGCCAGACCAGCCACUGGCCAAGACAGAUGUGCUUGCACCCAUGGACCACGUGCUGGUGCGUUUCUUCUCGCUGUUAAAGUCCGACGUGGUCUUACGCAGCAAUUACUUGCCCAUGGUGCCAUUUGAAGGGAAGUACCGCGGCUUUGGCGGGGUGCUCGAGUACUUUACGAGGCUGUCGCAAUCAGUUCAAGUAGAGCAGUUUAUCGUCGAGAGUAUCGAGAUCGAGGAGGAUCCUGACGACAAAGACGAACGGAGGCACGAGAACUGCCCGGAAUUCAACAGUCGAGCUCGUCGCCAUUGUGUUGUCGUGAUCUCUGGACGGGAGACGAUGCAGGUGCGAUAUUGCCGGACUGCAUUUGUGCAGCAAUGGACGCACAAGCUAUACUUUAAGCCCGGUGAUAGUGGUCGAGUGAGUCGCUGGGAGAUUUUCGGUGACGUCGUGGCGUCCAGCGUGGUGUUUAAAGCGCCUGGGUGUACAACAAACUUGACAUUGCCGUCGCUAGCAGAGCGCAUUCGUGAAUCUGUUGUUGGUGGAUACGUUGUGUCAAUUCAUUUGAGCCAAAUCACCGACGUGCACUCACGAGAGCUGCAAGGAGAUGAAUUCUUUGUGCGCUGUUCUCUAGAUACGAACGAGUUUGAAGACGUGUGGCAUACAGAAGCUCAGUCACGGGCAGCUGCUCCAGUGGAAUGCCCCAUUGACUCACCUUGCAGCGAACUCGCGCCAUCGUGGUCGUACAAUUAUGAACAAGAUUUGUUCUUGCAGUUUGAUCGACUCUCUCGUGACGACAACAGUGUGUUGCUUGUUGAGUGCUGUCGCAACUCAAACCACGAAGUUGUUGCUCGGACUCAUGUAAACCUCGCCAGCUUCUUGAACAGUAGCUGUGGCACGAGUAGUAACAGUACCAGCGGAACAAUCUCAAGUCGGUUGAUGGGUCGACGGAGUCGUAGAAAAAGUAGCUGCGGUGGUGUCCCAGCAGGCGAAUUGCAGUGUUACGUGCUAUCGAACGACCACCAGAGUUUCUUUGGCAAGCUGCUGCUGGGUCUCACAAUAUCGUCCAUGUCGCAUCGAUCCAUCUCAAAUCGAUCCUCGGCGUCGGGCCCCCGACACAGUUACAAUGAUAGUUUUUGCUCAGACGAUGGCAGUGUUGAUGCUGCAUCGCUUGUGCCGCAUGAGAGCCAGUCGGCGCGUACGAGCUUUCGCUCGUUCACCAAAUUGACCCAGCAGUUUUCGCUUCCUGGAGAAGACGUCAUGCACCAGUUCAUCAUCAACGGAGUACGAUACCAGUUGGCAGAGAAGUAUCGCAUGGUAAAAGUUGUGGGAAAAGGGACUUACGGCGAGGUGAUUGCAGCGAGCGACUUUGUAAACGGUGGCACGUUUGCAAUCAAGAAGCUUGGUCAGUUUUUGAGGCAUCCGAAGGUGGCAUUACUGGCCCUGCGUGAGAUUAAGCUCAUGAGUGAGAUUGGCACGCAUCCUUGUCUCAUGGGCUUUCACGAGUUGCAGCGGCCACUGGACUACGAGCACUUUGAGGAUUUAUACAUUAUCCAGCCGCUCAUGGAAACGGACCUGUGUCGCAUUAUUCACUCGAAAGAGAGUUUGAGUGACGACCAGGUGCAGUAUUUCUUGUAUCAAAUGAUAUGUGGGAUACACUAUCUGCAUUCUGCAGACGUGUUGCACCGCGACAUCAAGCCGAGCAACAUCCUCGUGAACUCGGACUGCCGAAUCAAGAUUUGUGAUUUCGGGCUUGCACGGCAUGCAAACGAUCGGGACUUAGCAGAAGGGCUCUCGGAGUACGUCGUAACCCGAUGGUACCGUGCGCCGGAGCUGUUGCUGGCUAAUGCGUACACAAAGGCCAUCGAUAUGUGGUCGAUCGGCUGCAUUUUUGCCGAGCUACUGGGUCGACGCAUCAUGUUUCCCGGGACUUCGUACGUGGAUCAGCUGAAGGUCAUUGUAGAUAUUGUAGGUACACCCGCGACCUUCAGCUUCUGCGAUAAUCCUGUUGCGCGCCGCUACGCUGGACGUCAGUUCCUGAUCCAAAGCCAGAAGAUCCCGAAAGUGGAUUGGGUGCAAGUCUUUCCAGAAGCCAACCCAGACGGACUUGACCUGCUCGACCGCCUGUUGCAGUUCGACCCAGCCAAGCGCAUCACAGCCGCGGAGGCGCUGGAACAUCCGUACUUGAGCCAGUGGCGUGAGCCGCAGCUAGAGCAGCCGUGCCACGCCGAGGUGGCAACGAAGCUCACGCAGUUUGAUUACGCGCAAGUAUCGUACGAUCCGCAGACACUGAAGGACCUGCUGUAUGAGGAAGUCAGCAAAGCUCAGCUUCCGUCCCAGCAGCAACAGGAGCAAAAAGCCAUGACCGGUACGCAGCGAAGCAGUCACGACAUGUAG